CGGCUCUGAGCGCUUUCACUUCUCUAUUCACUCAGAGCGACAACCAGGGAGAUGAACGUGGGGGAAUAAGAGGGUUUUGUUGCCCUCCUGAGACUCUUUCGUGACAACUGAAUGAUGAGAGAGCAGAACAAAUCCCAAAGGUGAACCAUGGCGCUGCAUAACAACCCUGCUUUGAAAGUGGUUAAAGACACUGAUCUAGAGGGCUGGGAGGUGAUCGGAUCCGGAGGAUUCGGACAGAUCUACAAAGCCAAACACCGGCAGUGGUGCUUUGAUGUGGCCAUUAAGCUGCUUCAUUACGACGACGGCACAAGCAAGGAUCUGCUGCGUGAAUUGGACAUGAUGCACCAAGGAUCCAACCGCCACGUCCUACAAGCCAUUGGGAUCUUUAAGGGUCAAUCACCUUCUUCAGGGUCGUCAAUUCAGCUGGGGUUGGUCAUGGAUUUCAUGGAGCGAGGAUCGCUGGCUAACCUCCUGCAAACUUUACAAGGACCCCCGCCCUGGCCACUGGCUUUCAGACUGACUCACCAGGUUGCUCUGGGUAUCAACUUCCUCCACAGUCUCUCCCCUCCUGUGCUGCAUUUGGACCUGAAGCCCAGUAAUGUGCUGCUGGACUCGGAUUUAAACGCCAAGCUUACAGAUUUUGGCCUCGCCAGGUUUUCCAUCAGCAUCACUCGAACUUCCAAGAAGGACAGCGAAGAUCCGGGCGGGACCAUGAGAUACAUGCCUCCAGAGGCGUUCGACACUUCAUACAAUCCCUCACGGGCCUCUGACAUCUACAGCUUUGGCAUACUGCUGUGGUCCAUUGCAACAGGAAAAAAACCAUAUCCAAAUGCCAUGUCCGCCAUAGUGCCUAUCCGCAUCCCCAUGGGAGACCGUCCUUCUCUGGAUGACAUCAGGUGUACGGAUGCCGGAGUGGCGGGACUGACAAGACUCAUCGACCUCAUGCAGGAGUGUUGGUGCUCAAAUCCCCAACGAAGGCCUUCCUCCCACCAAUGCACAACUGCCAUGGAAGAACUGUUCAAGAUGCACAAACCCGCAAUUCACGAUGCCGUCCACCACGUCCUGCAGAAACUGGACCAAACUGAAAAAGAAAGGAUUACACAUGGGCUGACAAAGCUUUCCAUUACUGAGACUUCAGCAGAACCAGUAAGAGCUGCAGCGGCAAACAUUUGUGACAGUGUGCGGACAGGACCGCCGCCGGUUCAGGAAAUAGCCGGUACUUGGCCAGCAAAUCAAGGAGACAAUGCAGCAGUCGGAGUUUUGUUUUUAGAUCCAUCACCUAGUUGGGCUACAAAUCUGUGUGAUGUUGAUCAGACCCGCCGAGCAGCAGACCCUGAAACGAAGUCGUCCUCUGUAGAACCCACUCAACCCACUCAUUUGGCAUUCAACGGCAACGCAAAAAAUCUGCCUCCGUUAUUUCUGUGUCAGCGUCAGUUUUCCAGCCCUGGCACUUUCAACAUUCACUGCUCCAGUGUGACUGGACUGCAGUAUGGAAACAACAACACGAUGCACAUCAGCCUCUCCGGAUCCUCCGAGAGAAAGAGGCACCCGACGGCGCCGUCUACUGUUAGCUCCUCACAACAACGCACAAGUACAGCUAAUCCAUAGAUUCCCAGAACUGUUUUUUUUUAUUCUCUUUUUCAAAUAAAACAGGAUAUUUGGUGUAGCUUUUGUAUGUUAAUUAUUUAUUUCUUGUAGCAUAGAUGCGUUUAGUGCAGCUUUUUGUAGUUUUUUAUCAUCUUUCUAUUACUACUACUGUAAAUCAUUUCGUGUCUUUUGUUUGGAAUUGGUUUUAGCAGCAGGCAAAAACUCCAGGCCAGCUUUUUGCACAGUCACCAUUAAAUACAAGCCAAGGUGGCUGCUGUUUUUUUUUCUCUUUUCACCAACUGUGGUCAGAAAAUAUCUACCGUCAGAGCGCCAACAUGCCUUAGGAUGCCAGAACUUGCCUUCACAACCAUCUGACUAUAAUUAAAAGAAGCGAACGUUUGAUUCGAAGCUUUUCAGGAAUGUGUUUUUAAGAAAGGUGUAUAAGCUGAGGUUUUCAUUUUUUUAGCGGGUCAUUAGUUUCACUGAAAGAAAUAUUUUUUAUAUUCUAUUUUUGCAACAAAAUGUUUUAAAGAUAUGGUACAUAUAAAUAUAAAUUAAAGGUACACAUGCUAUUCUUUUGGUGUACACUGCACUGUUUUUUGCUUUACUCUGUAGAGGCUUUGGAAUCAGAAGUUUUAAUAAAACAGUGAAUGACGAGCUUUAAGGAUUUUUGAACAAUGUGUAUUACGUGAAAUGUUGGACUUUAAAACAUUUUUCUUACCUGAUGAGUGCUGUGACUUCAGUGAAGCGUUGCAGCAGGUGAGUGUAAAAUACUUCCGUGGCAUUGUCUGUUAAAACUAUUAGGAGACUACUUUCAGGUAUACAUGAAGAUGGAUUUGUGUGUUGAUGUGUGCUGGAUUCAUGCUGCGUUACGUUUGGUGACGGUAGACAAACCUUUUAACUUCCAAUAUGGAAAAAUCCACAAAAAUGCCUCAUGACCUUUUAAAUCCAACUUGGAAAUUGAGAGUUGUGCCACCAACCAAUGCCACACAAUCCAAUAUGGCUGCUCCAUGACUAUAGUACUGUGUUAACAGGAGGUAUGAUCAAUUUAUUUACCCUUCAGUAAAUACACAGAUUACGAAGCAGAUUAUAUAGUGUACAUUGGCAAGGAGCUAGUAAUUAUGAUGGUGCUGUAUUUCCGGUUGUGAUUUACAAUUGUCAUUAUUAAUGUAAUUAUUAUGGGUCAGUAAAUUUUCUUGUCCUGCUA